AUGGAGGAGAAGUAUGCCCAAUUGGAAAAGGAGGAAUUGGGUGUCGUGGUUGGUGGUAAGAAGUUCACCCGUUUCCUUUACACCAAGCACUUUGUGCUGCUACCACAGGCUGCUAACCUCAGUACCGUCAACAACAGCAGUGCGCCUGCAGAAAUGGGCACUGGAUCUGUCUUAGACGACGGCACGCGGGAGGGGCUGGACCGGCCGCUAUCCCUGGACGAGCUGACCAGAGCCCUCAGGUCCUUUGAGAGGAACAAGACUCCCGGGAGCGAUGGCCUACCGGUGGAGUUGUAUUCCGCUCUGUGGGAUUUGGUUGGCCAGGACCUGCUGGAGGUGUACGACAGUGCGCUUCGGGCAGGGGAAAUGUGCAAGUCCAUGAGGAAGGGCAUCAUUACCCUCAUUUACAAGCGGAAGGGGGAGAGGGAAGAAAUUAAGAAUUGGCGACCUAUUUCGUUGCUGAAUGUGGACUACAAGAUCCUGGCCAAGGUCGUAGCGAACCGGGUCAGGUCUGUUCUGGAGUCGGUGAUUCACCCUGACCAAACCUGUGCUGUGCCGGGCAGGAAGAUCGCUGAGAGCCUCGCGCUCGUCAGGGAUACGAUCGCCUACGUGCAGGACAGGAGGGUGGACGCCUGCCUUGUCAGCCUGGACCAGGAGAAGGCCUUUGACAGGGUCUCUCAUGUAUACAUGAGGGACGUCCUCUCCAAAUUGGGGUUUGGGGAGGGGAUCUGCAAUUGGAUCCGACUGCUCUACACCAACAUUGUUAGUGCAGUCUCGAUCAACGGGUGGGAAUCCGACAGUUUCCCUGUCAGAUCUGGAGUCAGGCAGGGCUGCCCACUCUCUCCUGCCUUAUUCGUGUGUUGUAUGGAGCCCUUCGCCGCGUCCAUCAGGAAGGACGUGAGCCUGAAGGGGGUGACGAUCCCAGGCAGCGGAGGCCUGCAGGUCAAGACCUCCCUGUACAUGGACGACGUCGCCGUCUUCUGCACCGAUCGCCGGUCGGUGAGUAGGCUGUUGGACAUCUGCGGCCAGUUCGAACUGGCCUCGGGUGCCAAAGUCAAUAGGGGUAAGAGCGAGGCCAUGUUCUUUGGCAACUGGGAUGACCGCUCCUUCAUCCCCUUCACCAUCAGGACAGACUACCUGAAGGUGCUGGGUGUCUGGUUUGGAGGAGCUGGGGCGUGCACUAAAACUUGGGAGGAGCGCAUCUCGAAGCUGGGCAGGUGGGUGCACCGGUCUCUCUCCAUUGCGGGUAAAAACCUGGUCGUCAGGUGUGAGGGGCUUUCGGUACUGUUGUACGUGGCGCAGGCCUGGCCUAUCCCCCGGACUUGCGCCGCUGCGGUUACCCGGGCCAUCUUCCACUUCAUUUGGGGGUCGAGGAUGGACCGGGUCCGCAGAGACACCAUGUACAAGGACCUGGAAAACGGGGGGAAGGACGUGCCGAACGCCACCCUCACCCUGAUGGCUACCUUUGUGUGCGGCUGCAUCAAGCUGUGCGUAGAUCCUCGGGUAAUCCGGGAUGGCUUGGAUGACCGGGUUAAAGCAAUUGUCAAAGCUUUCAGAACCUAA